AUGUUCGGGAGUCUCUGGGGAUCAAAGGAACAACCCAAGCCUGCCGCUACGCCUGCAUCGGCUCCUGCAGCAGCGGACGCCUCGGCCGACAGGUGUCCCGUGGACCACUCGACGAGAGCUGCUUGGCUAGCUGCUAACCCGGGUCGGGAUUCGCCCUUCCAACCUAAAGCCCAGGCAGUAGAAGGCUUCAAGGACGCUGCAUCGUCCACAGACCAGGAUUCGAGCUCGUCGGCUCCCGCCGGCCCUGUACCUUCUGGCAAACGGGUACGACGAUUGUCCGAGGAUAGGGUCGUCUCCUCCAUCCCUCGAUAUGCUCCGGAAUCACCCGUCGCCUCGAGCUCGACACAAGCAUCAGAAACACCCUCUGGUCACUCUUCUUCCGAUGCCACAUCCGAGGAGAAUAAAUGGGUCUACCCGUCCGAGGGCCAAUUCUUCCGAGCCAUGCUACGGAAACACCAAGCCGGUCUCUACUCGGACGGUUCGAACCCCCCGAAUCCGGCUGACAUGCAGACCAUCGUACCGAUUCACAAUGCCGUCAACGAGAAAGCUUGGGCAGAGGUCUUGAAGUGGGAAGCGGGUCAGGGAGGGGACAAGUGUGGAGGGAUCCGAUUAGUCAGCUUUAAAGGUCGGCCGAAGGAGAGGACGCCAAAGGCGUGGAUCAACGUUGCUCUUGGCUACACGGCUCCAUUCGACCGCCAUGACUGGGUGAUCAACCGAUGCGGCGAGGAGAUCCGUUACGUGAUCGAUUUUUACUCCGGUCGACCUCCCUCGAGCGUCCAACCCGGACCCAACUCGCCUGCACCAGGCAACCUCAGCUUUUACCUCGAUGUACGACCGGCAUUGGACGGGUGGGAAGGAACGCGGUUGAGGAUAAGCAAGUUGUUUGGAAUGUGA